CCAUUGCUCAGAGAGUGGCAGACAGUGUUGCCACUAUGAGUGUGAGUCUGUCGCCGUGCAGUGUGCCUGGACUCAAACCUUCAUUCACACUCAGAGAGGACGAGAUGGAACUGGGUUUAGGUAUUCAUGGAGAAGCAGGAGCUGAAAGGACAAAGUUGCAAGAGGCUAAUGAGGUGGUGAAGCUGAUGUUCAAGCAAAUGACUCGAUCUGAUCUUGGCUACCAGUAUUUCGAGACAAUCCCAGGUAUGGAGGUGGCUCUGGCGGUGAAUAAUUUGGGAGGCACCUCUAAUUUGGAGCUCCUAAUUAUGACCAAUGCGGCCAUCAGAUACCUUGUGGAUGAACUGAAGGUGGCAGUGGUGAGGGUGAUCAGCGGUAGUCUAAUUACCUCUCUGGAAAUGGCAGGGGUCUCCCUCACUCUCCUCAGACUGACCCCUGAGCUGUUGGCCUAUCUCGAUGCUGAGACGUUGGCUCCAGGGUGGCCACGGGCUACAGUUGGUAGAGGUGGCAGUAGGACCAGACUGGACUCGGACCCAGUGGCCUGCCACAGUGACUCCUCUCCUACUGCUCACGACACUAGGGAUAAGGAGCCAUCAACCACCAUUGGGAGGAUGAUGAGGUCGUGUGUGGCUGAGGUGUGUGAGGUUCUGAUCAGGAACGAGGAGAGACUCAACGACCUGGACAGAGGUAGUGGGGACGGCGACUGCGGCUCCACCAUGACUGCUGGCUCCACUGCCAUCAAGGAGAGGCUGUCAGUCAUGGACUGGGACAAUCCUCGACAGGUCCUGCUCUCUCUGGUGGGCCUGGUGGAGAGCAACAUGGGAGGCACCUCUGGAGCUCUUUAUUCUCUCUUUCUGACGGCUGGAGCGACGGCUGAUGUGUCGUGGUCUGAUUCAGUAUCGUGGGCCACUGCCAUGCACGCCGGGCUGCAGGCUAUCACGAGAUAUGGAGGGGCUGAGAGAGGCCAUAGAACCAUGGUUGAUGCACUGGGACCAGCAGUGGAUGUCCUCAGACGAGGCCUGCCUACUGCCACCAACACACAGGAGGCCAUGGAGGUGCUACACUCAGCAGUAAAGGCAGCUGAGGAAGGGGCAGAGAAGACAGUCGCCAUGAGAGCCAAGGCAGGUCGUGCCAGCUACGUGAAUGUCAGUCGCCUCGUGAACCCUGACCCCGGAGCCCAGGCCGUGGCUCUGUGGAUGGAGGCAAUCUAUACUGCUCUCAAGAACUGAGUUCACAAUUACAAGACACUCAAUCUUUUAUUGAUCAUUUUCGCAUUUGCAAUCUGAAGUUGACAAAAGCUUUAUCGGAUAAGUAUAUACCAGUAUUAUUGCAAA